AUGAACAGUCUUUUCGAUCCGUGGGGAAUAGCCUCAUUUGAAUCAGAAUUUGUAUCCUCUCAACCCUACGAUGUCGCCGUGACCCUUGAAUUACCUCGCACCCCCUCUAAUCUAGAUAUCGGCAACUUCAUGAUCGACCUGGCCCUCUACUCGCACCCAUCCGACGCUGUUCGCAUCCCGGCCAGCAAUGCCUCGCUCCCGAUCGCGCACUCUCGUCGACCUGCGCUCCUGACUUAUACGUCACCUCUCGUAGAUAUGGCUAGAAUACUGGCACGCUUGCCACUUUACGUGGUGGGCUGGGAUAGAGAAGCCGAGACGUUGGAGGUGCCGAUGAUGGAGAAAGUUGAGUUUCCUCGUGGCGUGCAGAAUCUACCAAAGAGCUUGCGUUUGCAGAUUCACAGUCAUGGAAAGAUGCAGAUAUACUCGGCGCGAGUGGAAUUCCGUGCUAGAUUUAGCGGGCUUCGCUGGAUUAUGUACCGCUGGAAGCUGACUUCCUUUGCCGUCUUUAGCUCCAUGUUCUGGACUAUCUCUAUGAUAUCUGCUAGCUUUACGUGGUUCGUUCUGAAGGGGUUGCGGCCUGAGAAUGAACCAAACCAGAUUAGUGACAUCAAGAAAGUCAAGGAAGAGUCGCGUGACUUUGUGAAAGAAGAAUCUGAAGCUGAAGAUGGUCUUUCCUACGCUGACACUGUCAAGAUUAAGAAGGAAGAACCCGAGUCAGAUAGCAGUAGCAGCUUGCUAUCUAACUAUCCCGGCGACGACGAAGGCCUCGGCUCAGCACUUCAGAGUGCGGAAGAGCUUUCCGUCAUCCUCCCCCACCAGCAGCGAUCAUGGAUCGGCAAGGCGCACUUGGUCGGUGCAUCCGUAAAGCCAACUUACUUCCGGCCAGGCACUCUUCACCAUGAAGAUGGGACAGUCCACCACCUGCCCCGGGGCAGUACCGGCGAGCCCGAUGACGGCGGUGACGAAUGGAUUCUGAUCGACUCAACUCCAGCAAGCUGUGUCCAGAUUGGUCUCCAUCAUUACUUUGAGGAUAGAGGUCCAAUUGACCUGGUAGUUUCGGGCCCGAACUAUGGACGCAACACCACAGCUCUGUUCGCUCUGUCCAGCGGAACUAUUGGCGCCGCAAUGGAGGGUGCAGUCUGUGGAAAACGCUCUAUUGCACUGUCUUAUGCCUUCAGCUCUCGUAAUCACGACCCUAUCAUUAUUGCAGAGGCAUCGCAGCAUUCCGUAAAGUUGAUUGAGUACCUUUACACUAACUGGGUCGACGGUGUCGACCUCUACAGCGUCAAUGUUCCACUCGAGCCGGGUAUGAGCGAGAAUAAGGUUCUCUAUACCGAUAUGCUGAUCAAUAAGUGGAAGUCUGGUGGCUGUUUUGAAUCUACCGACCCUGCUGAAGGUGGUGAACCUGAGCUUGAGGAGCAGCGUUCGCGCAUUGCUAGCGAGACUACUAGCUCUCAGAAGACCGAAGUGACUAAUAACGAAAACCUUAAAGGAUUCCAGCACAAGCACUUCAGGUGGGCUCCGAGCCUGCAGGACGUUUAUCGCAGCGUCGAGGAGAAUCCUCCUGGAAAUGACGGCUGGGUUGUUAAGGAACAAAUGACUAGUUCCACCAAAAACCCCACUAUAUACUCGAUAGUCGACUGUGACGAUCCAUAUGUGCAGCAUCUGGUUGAUCAAGCAUUGACCCGUCGCCUCGGAAAUGCUUCUUCCAAGCGCAUCUCAUAUGUAUCCGAGCUACCGGAUUCAUCUGCGCCUUUGUUUCAGUAUCGCGAAUACGAGCGCAUUGACUUUGAACAUGUCAUGACCAGGCCGUCGACCUCCCUUUCCAACGCCUACAUCAUCCGCAAGGCCCUGAUUCGCAAACAUUACCUCUCAAACACUGUGGCUAACUGGAUUGCCAAACACCCAGACAGCAUCCUCCGCAACCACUUCAAGCCCGCCGUUGACUUCGAGCUAGACUAUUCCGAAUUCCUUGAUGAAGCUCUACUGGAAGCCUAUGAGCUGCGUGAAAGCCUAGAGAAGAACGAAGAGCUGUCCGAGUCUGAAAGAGAAUGGUGGAUCCUUAAACCCGGCAUGAGUGACCGGGGCCAAGGAAUCCGUCUCUUCAACAGCGAAGACCAACUACGCGAGAUCUUCGAGGAAUGGGAUGAAGACAGUGAUGAGGAAGAAGAUGAUUGCUCCGAGAAUGCAGACAGCGAUCAGAAACCCGCCCACGACGACGGCGUAGUCACGUCCCAACUCCGCCAUUUCCUUGCACAGCCCUACAUCGACCCUCCACUUUUGCUCCCUUCAUCAUCAAACCGCAAGUUCCACAUCCGGACAUACGUUCUAGCAACCGGUUCGCUCAAAGUAUACGUCUUCAAGGAGAUGCUGGCUCUCUUCGCCGCAAAGCCCUACUGCCCACCCAACGAAGAAGAAGACGAAGUAAAAGAUCUAGCCCGCCACCUAACCAACACCUGUUUCCAGGAAGGUGGAAGCUCAAACGAGGGCAGUGUCCGUCGUUUCUGGGACCUAGAUCAUCACGUCCCCGGUCUCGCGGUAGACUGGAAGGAGAAGAUCUUCGACCAAAUUUGUGCUGUAACAGGUGAGGUGUUUGAAGCUGCGGCCCGAGGCAUGAUGGUGCAUUUCCAGACACUGCCUAAUGCGUUUGAGUUAUUUGGGGUUGACUUUUUGGUCGAUGCUUCCGGCAAUUCGUGGUUAUUGGAAUUUAAUGCGUUCCCUGAUUUUGGACAGACCGGUGAAAACCUGAGGGAUGUCGCUGUCGGAAGAUUGUUUGAGGAGACUGUUGAUGUUGCUGUGAAGCCGUUCUUUGGGCUGCAAGCUGGUGGGAAUGGUGAUCUGAAGUUGGUGAAGGAUUUAGAUCUGGGUAGACAUGCAUGA